CGGGGAGGAGCAUGUUAGUCUGCGGCUAGCGGGAGUGCACACUCGGGUGGGCGGAUCGUAGCGGUGACAGCGACGCUCGCAGACUCCAGACAAACUGUCAAAAAACAGACAACUAACGCCAUGGCGGAGUUAGAUCUGAGUCUGAGUGACGCACUUACGGACAGCGUUCCCCAGCCAGGUCCGGAGAGCCUGGUGGAGAGGGACUUUGUGGCUCAGCUGGAGGCUGAGACCUUCGACGAUAAGGUCGGGGAAACGGUGGGAAAGACAGAAUACAUACCUCUGCUGGACAACGACGACACCAGGGCAGACACCGGUGCUGCAUUGGAGAAUGGACAGCAGGAAGCUCAUGGGGUGCAAAAACCUGGUUGUAAGCUGAGCGCGGGGGGACAGACAUCAGUGUUGCGCCCAGAGCCGCAGGGAGAGGUGCGGACACACUCACUUGACCAGCAGCAGGCCUUGGCUACAGACUUCUUAUCAGCCUCCAUGGCAGGUUAUUCAGAUCCUCUGGAAUCUCAGAGCAGCCCGGCCCAAAUGAUGGAUACUGGCCGGAUGGAAGCUUUUUCAGGCUUCUCCCAGCCUGGUGGGAUGGGGGUGAAUGUGGAGGUUGGGCCUGCACCCCUCUCAGCAGAGAGGAUUCCAAGUAUAGCAGAACCCCAGCAUCCAACACCCCCAACGGGUUCAGAAGCCCCCAAAGGGCACAGCCCCAUGCUGCCUGAACCCCAGACUCCUCGUAGUCCUCUGGAUCUGUCAGCAGGUGCCUUAGGCAACUGCUGGCCAGAUGAGGCUGGCUGCCUAUCAACAGACCUCCCUUUCAGCCCCAGUGUCUCCACGGUGAUCAGUCGCCAUGCCGCCCAUCUCGCAGUCAGCCCUGACGACCCACCUGAGAAUUGGCCUAUUCGAGAGAGCCCUGCCUAUGCUGGAGGCGAUGAAAGGGAGGGGGAUGGUUCAGACCGAAAACAGAAGAAGAAAAAGAAAAGGCGACAGAAAGAUGAGGGAUCUUAUGAACACCCUGAGAGUAGGGGUCACCCAGAGGUGCAAACACAGGGCGAAAACACUCCUUCAACAGAGGAGUUCUAUCAGAGGAUUGGCCCAAGGCGGGAUAGAGGAGAUAGUGCCUGGGAGGAGCAGCUUGGGAAGGGUGGAGGCCGGAGUAAGAAAGGUAAGAGCAGGAAGAAGCUUCCAGAGGAGUGGGGAGUGACGGCAGAACCGUUUGUCCCUUCGCCCACAGCAGCCUCUGUAAUCACAGAGGAGGUGAAGAUGGAUCUAGGAGGUUCAGUUCAGACAAAACUGGAGUCCUCGUUCGCAGACAUGGACACCAGCCAAAGCCCCUGGAAACAAGAGGUCUACCCAGAAGAAGGAGUGAUCCCUUCCCCUCUGUCUCAGGACCUACUAUCCCCAACAGAUGAUUCUCUUAACCCACUGGUGCUGAACAGCGAGCUGAAAGUCACAGCAGUUCCGUUCACUAUGCCUUCCACCCCCAACAUUGCAACACCUGGCUCCUUCCCUAUGGCUUCUCGCCCUAGUGAUCCAUUUGACCUCCUGAUUGAUACUGAAAAUGCAAGCUUAGGCAACAGCAGCCAGGCCUUUUCACCUGUUGGUGAUAUGGUUGACAGCGGGGUGUUUGGCAGUUCCCUCCAAGAGUCUUGUGUUCAAGGCAUGCCUGAGGAAGACACCUCUGCUUUCAGCCCCGCCUCCCAGCCAAGCCCAGGUAUUUUCCCGAAAAGUGAAGUUCGAGCCUCGGCCCCACCUCUCUCACCUUCAGAUGCUUCAUGGCUCCUAAACGACUCCAACGUGAGCAGCAACAGCGAGCUAUUUGACUUCAGUGAUAUGAGCGCUUCAGGUCACCCUUUAACCUCAGGGCUGUCCUUCGACACCCCUAGCCCAGCCCCUCUCCGCUCUCCCAAAACCACAGCGCAGGAAUUCCAACCCAAAGAGCAUAAAGAUGCCAAAUUGGCCCAGAAGCAACCCAAGAAGUCCUGUUCUUCAUCUUCCUCCUCCUCUGUAAAGAGUCCCAUCUCCCCAGGAGCAAACAAUUUCCCUCCACAAGCAUCCCCAGUUAUCAACCCCUCUUCCCCUCCAUCAGCCAACCCCGGAUCUGGUCUUAACCCUACAGCUAAGCCCUUCGUUCCCAGCUUUGCUGAUUCCAUGGAACAACCAGCCUUGGUCCCUCCAGUUACCCCCAUCAUCGAAGUAAAAUCGGACAAGAUGGAGAAGGCAGAGAAGCUGGAGGACAAUAUUAAGAAGGUGGACCUGUUUGACCCUCUGGAUAAAGCUGAUCAGAAGAGCGUGAAGGUGGAAUACGCAUUCAGCGAGACUCCAGCCAAGGUGGAGAAAGAGAUGGAGAAGGAAAAACAGACAGAUACACAAAAAGAGGAGGAAAAAGAGGCAGAAAAGGUGAAAGAGAAGGAGAUAAAAGAGGCAGACAAAGUUAAAGUGGAGAUGGAGACAGCCAAAGUGAAGGUGACAGAGAAACAGACAGAAAAGGUGGAAGAAAAGGAGACAGAAAAAGUGGAGUCAAAGCAGCAGAUGGCAGAAAAACAGGAUAAAAUGAACAAGGUAGAAGAAUCAGCAGAUAACUUGGUGAAGACCGAGAAAGUAGAAAAAGUGGUGGUGACAGAAGGAGUAGAGAGCAAAGUGGAGAAGAAAGAGAAUGUGGAAAAAGUAGACACAAGUGUGUCCAAAGUGGAAGAAAAAACGGAGAACAAAAACACUGAGAAGCUCGAGAAAACCGAGAUGAAGGAUAGCAAAGAGCAGCACAUGGACAAAGUGGAAAAGACCCCAGAACAUCAGCCCAGGCCCGUCGAGCUGGAGAAGAAGGGGGACACGGAGACAAAGACGACACCUGAGGUGGAAGACUCCAAGAAAGAAAAGGCUGACGCAGACAAAGCCAAGAAGGCGGACAAGGUGGAGAAACCAAUGAAGAAGAGCGACAAGGAGGAGAAGCAGGACAAAAUGCAGGCCAACAAAAAGAUUGUGGAGAAAAAGGAUGACAAGAAGGACAAGGCUGCAAAAGCAGACGGAGGAGAGAAGAAACCUAAACCGGCAACUAAUGGAAGCAGUGCCACUCUCAGCAGAGACCCGGCAAGUGCAGACAAGAAGACCAAGCCUGCUGCCGGGGCGACCAAACUCAGCAGUGCUGCUAAAACACGUCCGAGUACCGCAGCCACUGGUGGUUCACUUUCAGCUCCUACUAAGCGCCCCACAUCCUCCACCACUACCGCCACCUCCAUCUCAGACAAAAAAACAACCACAGCUAAGGCACCAUCCACAGCUAAGGUACCAUCCACAGCGGCCGCUGGUCCAAAGCGGCCCUCCACCACUUCUACCAGCCGCCCCACAUCCUCCACCACCACUGCACGUGACGUCAGGCCCAAGACAACCACGGAGAGGCGCCCCCUUGUGCCAAAGGCCAGCACUGCCACCUCAACUGGCUCCACUACUGCCACCAAAAAUGGAACCGCUACCACAGCAGCCAGCAAAACUGCUACAUCAGCGCGCACAACGGCGUCUACUCGCACCAUUACUACCACUGCAGCCAAAAAGCCACUGGGUACAACAGCCUCCAAACCAGGAGAGGAGAAGAAGCCCGGCGCUGUGAAGACGUCUACAGCCGACUCCACCAAGCCCAAGACCACCAGCACCAGCAGCACCGGCCGCAGCACCGCUUCCACCACCGCUGCCUCGCGCACAGCAGCUAAACCGGCCACACCCUCCUCCACCAUUGGCACUGCACCAGAGAAGAAGCCCAUGGUGCCUCGCACCCCCCGGGCCGCUUCCUCAACCACCACCCCCACCACCUCAAGGACCACAGCUCGCUCCAGCACAGCACCGGCCCCCGACAUUCGUAACGUCCGCUCUAAAAUUGGCUCUACAGACAACAUGAAGCACCAGCCUGGAGGAGGGAAGGUGUCAACUGCCUCUCAGAGCAGGGGCGUCGCCUCCAAAGAAACAAGCCAGAGCAAAGUUCAGAUAGCCUACAAAAAGCUGGACUUCAGCCACGUCUCCUCACGCUUGGGCUCCAAGGACAAUAUGAAGCAUGUUCCUGGUGGAGGGAAUGUGCAGAUACUCAACAAGAAGGUGGAUCUGAGCAAGGUGACGUCAAAGUGCGGCUCCAAGGACAACAUCAAGCACAAGCCUGGCGGUGGCGUCGUGAAGAUCGAGUCCCACAAAGUGAGCUUCAGGGAAAAGGCUCAGUCCAAAGUGGGCUCCAUGGACAACCUGAGCCAAUCCCCUGGUGGAGGAGACAUCAAGGCUGAGGGGGCCCAGGAGACCACGGAGGGGAAUGGGACCGCACUGAGUGGCACCACGGCCCCAGGCUCCGAGCCAGGGCAGGCAGGGAGUCCUGCUGCCCAGGAGAAUGGGCUGAAGGAGGGGGCUCCCUGUGAUAGUGAGGGCCUCCGGGAGCCCCAGGCUUUGGACUCAUGCAUCCCAGAGACAAAUUGAGUGUUUCAAGCUCAACUUCCGCGAGAAUGCUCGCUCUCGCACGGACCACGGCGCUGACAUCAUCACCUGGCCGCCCCUCCCCCCCAGGACAACAACUAACCCCGCCCACACGGUUGCUCCCAUUCUCUACACCACCACCACCCGACUCCUUGUCUCCCUCAUUGAAUGGUUGGCUCCUGCAGGCUGCGUUAGCUCCCCCUCCUUGCUGCAUCUUCAGGGGGACAACAGCUCCUUAAAGGGAUCUUUACCUUUCUUACCCCCAUCAAACCCUGAAAAGAAACACCUUUUAUCUUAAAUCUGUCAUUGCAAUUUCUUUUUUGAAUCCUCCAAUAGUUCUGCCGCUCUAGUAUCAACUUCAUGUUAUCAUGCCUCCUCUCACAUCUGAGCUCAUCAUCAUGAUCCAUAGCUACCCCCCCUCCCCUUAUAUUUGGCUGAAGUGACUUUAUAGACUAAGCUUGGGCCUUGGUGGGAAUCUAUGUGGAGGGAAAUGAGGGGAAGGUUUUCUCACAUGUGUAGUUGCGUCUUCUCAAAGCUGGCUGACCUGGAAACGGUGUGUUUCACUCGGAAACCUGGUGGUGUACUCUUACUCCGCAUCGUCUCACCUCCACACACCAAAUAAGCAGCAAUCACUUCAUUUGUCAACUGAGCAGCAUGGAAACCCUCUCGGACUCACCUUUGGCUUCUGUCACACACAUAGCUUCUCUUUUCCUUGUGACUUUAGGGGCUGUUUUGUUCCCAAUAACCACUCUCGGCUUCAUUAACAUAGUAAUUCAACGUGUAUUUCAUCUGCUUCGCCACUUCCUCUCUCUUCCUUAUCACUUACCAUAAACAAGCUGACAAACAAAAAAGCAAGUAGGCUGUUUGAACCAUGUUAGGCUGUAGCUAACUCUUUAUUCUCUGUGUUUGUGAUGAUGUGUUUGAGUGACAAAAUUGUGUAAAAAGGAGCUUUGGUGUCCUGUUCGGAUGUUUCUGUCUUUUCUCGAGUUUUCUUUCUUUCCUCCUAGUUUCUUGAUUUUCAAACAAGUUUUGUUUUAUUUAUUGUACGUCUCUUUCUGUGUAAGCAAUACAGUGGGAUGUGUUUUUGUUUUUCAAAUAGCACUCGGAAAAUCUUGGAAACACGCACAGGUUUUUGCAAACCAAGACACACGGUGAAGAUAUUGAGAGGGAGGAAGAGAGUGAGGAAAGGAGGUGUUGCUAGAAGGAUGGAAAAAGAAGCAUUUGAGGUGUGCGUUGCAUUUAUGGCAAAACAUUGUUGAAAACGGAACGUUUUUGAAAUGCAAUUGAUGAAGUUCGCUGAAGUAGAGAAGCUUUAACUGAGCAUGCAGUCCAGAGGGACAUGAGGAAGAUGUCAAAGGAGCUGUGUGUCACAUAUGUGCCUCCUGUCCUUACCUGAAAACUACAGUAAACAAGGAUGACGAAGGCUCACGCCUAAAACUGGUCCGACAAAGAGAAUAUGAUAGUUGACAAAACAGACGUAAAAAGUUAGGGACAACCUGGUAUUGCUGUUUUUUUGUUUUUAAAGGAAAUUCUGUAAAUCCAGCUGUCCUGUUAGUAGUCAUGGUUGUUCAAUUUCAGGUGUUUCUAUGAGGGUUAUGGUAGCAUGUUGUUUGGCAGUUGCUGAAUACAAAAACAUCUCUAAUAUGUGUUUUCUUGUUUGAGUAUUGGCAGUGGAACAUGAUGUGGCUUCAUACUCUUUUCUUGUAGCAAUUGAAGAGGAAGAACUGCGUUCGUUUCAUCAUUAAUUCUACCGCUUUAAACUCGGUGCAGAUUUGUAUACAGUGACUGAAUGUCUCAGAUUUACAAAGAUGGAUGACAAGCGCAGAUUAUUUUUUUGUAGUAUUUUAUUUCAGUGGUACAUCCGGUUUAGAAAUUGAUUCUGCUCAUUAUUUACUCGUCAGGCAUCACUUCACUCAGUUUUCAGUAUAGUGUUAUAACAAAGGCUUGGAUAUCAUCUGAAACAGUUUUGCUACUGAAAACUAAACAUACUUUUGUGGAGAUCUUAAACCUGUUUUUGGGGGGCAACUUGAAGGCAGCCCAAAUAAGCUGUAAACACAAAAUAGACCUACGUAUUAAGACAUUAUGAAGUUAUUAUGGCAAACAUGUUAGCAAAUAGCCUAUCACUUCUUGACACCUCCAGCAGAUGGAGAGCAACAUUAGCAUUUAUUCAGAGUCGUGUCUCUGUCAACUAUGUGAAUGUAAGUCCAAUUUUCCCUCUGCUUUGGUCUCCACCCACUCCUGAGGGAGACAUCUAGCUGCAAGAAGCUCCACUAAUUUCACCAGCCAGCUGCUAAAUUUGUUAGUUUAUUCAAUCAAAUAAGGUAAAGAAGAUUAUGAAUCCGAACAAACAUUUGAUGCCAACUUUUGGUUUGACUUUUUUUUCGAUACUAUAAAGUAUCAAACUUCAAUAUCCAACGCUAGUCACAACACAUAUCUGGUAUAACAGGAGAAAGGGACUUCCAUUUCUAAUCCGUCUUCAUUACAAUUCUUCCGAGUCAUGAAAAGUAAGUGAUAUCAUUUUUUUUUAAAUAUUCAGUUUCAAGACUAAAGCUUCAUGGACUGCACCCUAGAGACAAUAUGAAACACUCCAGACUUUUCCUAUUCAAAUUGUCCCUUUAGCGAUGAUUCGUAAAGAAGCUUUGACCGAACUAAAUUGCACCUUAAUGCUUUUAAUAUAUCAAAGAGGGCUCACUGUGACGGAGUGUUGGUGUUUGAUUAACAGUUAAAAAUACCCCUCUAUGAACAAGUGAUCCUAAAUGGCUUAAUUAUGAAUAAGAUUUCACGUGAUGGCAUUAAUAGAGCAAUAAACUGAAUUACAGUGCCCUCAUUUAUUUCACUACUAUUCAAUUAUAAAACACAGUUCAAUUCAAAUCCACUCAUUAUUUAGUUUUAUUUCGGAAUCCCUUUAAAUGUUGUAUAAGAAAGCCUUUUACGAAAGACCUAGUUUUUUUGUGUGGUUUUUUUACAAAGUAGUGAAUAACUUCUAAUUAAUGUCUUCUAAACAAAUGUCCACGCGCAGAUGUUGCCGUUCUUUACUGCCAGUUGAGGAUUGAGUUCUGCCGAAAGAGCAGAUCAUCAAAUAGUUAAAUUGCUUUGUUUGUGCCACGGCUAUCGAAUAAAUAAAUUAUUCCUUGUGCCUGUCCACAACCAUGAUUUAGCUUUGUUUUAACCCCAGAGUGUUUACUUACCACUAAUUAUGAGAUUGCACACGGAUGUAUAUAGAUAUUUUAUUGCUGAUGCACUCUUUAUGGCCCACAAAUAAAACAAAAAGACAGGACGGCAACAGGGGGUUUGGUAGGUAGGGCUUUUUAAGGUUUGUUCAACAGCUUUUAUGUCCAUGAACCUUUAAUGGUUCUGAGGGGAGGAAGUGUUUUAUCAUGACUAUUAUUCUGAUUAUUAGUAUGAAAAAUUGAAAAAGUCUGCCUUUUUCAUUAGAAAGGGGCCACUGAAGUGAAAGAAUGUCUUUUGAGAUAUAUUGUACUAAAGACGCAACACUUUUGUAUAUGUAUUUAUCGUUGUGUUCCUGUAGCCUCGUGGUAGUCGUGCUCUCAUGGUUGAAGGGAUUAUACUUUUGAUUUGUGACGGCCAGUUUCACAAACUGUGUCGUGGAGAUUCUCCACGGAUGUGCACAACGAGAUUUGAACCCCCAAUGCAACACAGAAAUUCUUUUAAAAUGUCAUAAAGUCUGAUUUCAAUUAAACACUGUUGAUUUAGAAAAUGUUGACCUGGCAACAAUUAAAUCAAGACAUUUUUCAGUCGCAUUUGUUGUGCACAAUUACGCAUACACACAAUGUAAUGACUCCCAUAAAGCGCAACCCAGUCUUAAGAUAAGAAUAAUGUUCGAACUAUCUGAUAAACUUCUCAUUCAGGACACAGUGACCUCUGCAGGUUCGUAUGAUAAAAAGAACCAAGCGGACUGAAGCUAAUGCACCUGAAACACAUGACACUCUAUAUAACAGUGGGCAAAGGGAAUUUGUUGUUCAAGCAGGCACUAAGUGUAGAGGUCGAUGUCGAUUUGGGAGUACUGCAUAUCAGACAUAUUACAUAUGGCACGCAAAAAGCAUCGACCUGCCGAGGAGAGGCACACACACCGAGACCCUAACACAUCCUUGUCUAAGGUUAAGUAACUGUAGUUUUCAGGUUUUGCUUGUGUAAUAGAUGCUCCUCAGUAAUCUAUCCAAGGAGCGUUGUAGAGCUUCAUCUACUGCCACUGCACUCAUGCAAGAGUAACACUAGCUAAUAAACACCUACUGUACCUGCAGAGCAUGCUGAAAAACAACAAUGGGAUGUGUUAGGUAGACUUACUAUGUCAUUUGCAGAACCUCCUCGUUGUUUUUUGUUUUGUUUUCUUCAUUAAUUUGAAUUUUAUUUUUUUGGUUUGGAAAAAAGUGUGUAUUGUGAUUACUUGUUGAUUAGUGAUGUGAUUAUUGAACAUGAAAUAAAAAUGGACUAAAACUCUCA